AUUCCUUUUGAGCUUUCAUUUUGUCAACGAAAAGAACUGAGUUGUGUGCAAUUUAGAUAAGUAAUAGCGUUCUGAAGUUUUGUUUGUGUAUAAUCCGAAAUUCGUCAUAAUAGAAUUCUUACAGGGAAGGCACAAAAGCAACCGGUAGAACUUUGUCGUAAACAUUCAUGUCUUCUCUUGUAUUAGGCCAGCAAUGCGGGAUUUUCGUGUUUUGUAAAUCAGAUAUUUUCUCCAUUUAUAUUACACGUUGAAAUUAUCUAAGCGUGUAGUAAAGCAUAUUACGCUUUCCCUCUCGACAAAACAAGAAUAACGUAUCUCAAUUUCAGUAUUGCAUCCUUAUAUACUUAGGAAAGGCUCUGAAGCUUUCUGCAAGCAAUAUUUUGAUAGCAUUUCAGUAACACGCUCUAAGCAUUGGAAAUCAUGGUUUCUUCUAUGACCGAUCUGUGUUUAGCGAAACCGAUCGAUCCUAGUCAGCCUUUUGCAACAGACGAGAUAGACUAUGACCUUGAGUAUUUACGAUUCGGGACUGAAGCAGUUGCAGAAAGCGUAAGGAGAAUGCUAGACGGUGCUCGUCGGCAAUAUCACCCUUUUUUUAGCGAACCUCUCAAUUCAACCGGUGAGGAUCUAGAGAAGUUUUACGAAGCCGAGGCUAGAAAGGUCCUUGAACGAACCUUUGCUCUGUCAAUCGGCCGAGCACUGUAUGCUUACGCAACCUACGAAGUUGAACAUUUUAAGUUACCCAUUGAGCCUAUCAAUCUUCAGGUACAUUUUGAGAAGAUGGAUAUCAAAACAAAUAUCAAUGUGGAUAUAUCGCGAGAAGACAUAAGUUGGCCUGACUUCCAUACCGGUGUGUCAGCGGGACUUCGUAUGUCACCUCAAUCGCGCAUUACAGCAGAAUGGAUCGGUCGUUUUCUUCCCGAUAAACCGGAGCCUAAAGAAGCGGGUGCACUAUUAGCGUUCGGUCUCAAUGGGUUUCUGGAUAGACUAACAGAUGCCGAUCAACAACGUUUAUUCGCUCAAAAGGAUGCCUAUGUGACAAUAGCUCUUCUGUUAGGCUUGGCUGUCACCAACGUAGGUACUAGGAAAGAAGAGGUUCAUACAAUGAUGGGUGCAUUCAUUCCUAGCAUUCUACCAGAAGAUACCCCUGAGUUCAUGUAUAAAACCCUUACUGUACAGGCAGCUGCUACUCUAGGAAUCGGAUUAGUCUUUAUGAAUUCAUUUCAUAUAGGACGUUGUCAUAAUAUGCUAUUAGAGAUGGAGAGGAUGGGGAAAGCUGACCCACAACACUUGCAGAAGGAUUAUGAAACUUGCUGUUUAGCCGCCGGAUUCGCAUUGGGUUUGAUGACGUUGGGAAAAGGUGAUGCUGCUAUUAAUAUGCGUAGAGAUUUUCAAGAUCGGUUGUACAAACUCGUAUGUAGAACUUGUUGGACAGCCGGUGAUAAUGCUAUUGUUAAUAUGACUGCUACUUCACCUGCUGCUACAUAUGCUUUAGCUCUAAUGUAUCUCAAAACAGAAAGCAAAGUAAUCGCUGAUAGCAUACCGCUACCACAUACAGCAGCUAUGAUAGACCACAUGCCCGUAGACUUCCUUGUCCACCGCGUUAUUGCUAAAAAUAUAAUUAUGUGGAGUAAUAUACAGCCUACAAAAGCAUGGGUACAAGGUAAUAUACCAAAUUAUAUGGCUGACAAUCAAGUUGCAGAGAAGGAGGCCGUUGUUCAAGCCAUGUAUUACAUUAUAUGUGGCGCUUGCCAAUGCAUUGGUUUGAAAUAUGCGGGUACAAGGGAUGAAACGGCAUUUCAAUGCCUCUUGGACUAUUUGGAUUAUUUCAUGACACUGAGUGUUCCUUUAACCACCAAGCAGAAAGAGGUCACUAAAACAGUGAUACGCAAUUGCAUAAAUGUACUUUGUACAGCGACGGCUAUGGUUAUGGCUGGAACAGGUAAUCUGACACUUCUCGACCGUUUAAAGAAACUCUAUCAACGCAUUAAUGAUGUCAAUUAUGGUGAUAAUAUGGCUGUCUCUAUGGCUUUGGGGUUAUUAUAUAUGGGUCUGGGAAGUUAUACUCUCAAAACAACGAGUGAGGCUGUAGCCGGAUUACUCAUUGCAUUUUACCCCUUCUAUCCAACAUCAACACGGGAUAAUCGUUAUCAUUUACAAGCUUUCCGACAUCUAUGGAUAUUGGCAAAGGACAGGCGAUGGAUUACUACUUUUGACACGGUACGAAACCGUGUGUGUAAAGUUCCUCUGAUAGUAGAAACAGUGGAAGACCAAUCUGGAAAUACAAAGAAACGACGCGUUGAAGCACCGGCAGUUUUUGAAACAUUUGACAAUGUUAAGUCGAUUAAGGUGACUGGAGAUCGAUACGAUCCGCUGUAUGUGGACAUGACAGAAAAGAAUGGAAAAAUUCAAAAAACUAUCAUGGAGACUGGAACAUUAUACGUGCAGCUAAGGCCUGGCCAAAUGUCUUAUGAAGAGGACCCGCAAGGUAGAAAAGGCUUUAGAUUUUUUACUAAAAAAGAAAUCUCUCGUUUGAAAAGCUCUGCUUAAAUGAUAAUAUGUCUCCAAUGAUUGCAAGAGACGUAAAUUUAGUUGAGUCAAUAAAUUUGCACCCCCUCACCAUAGUAGACGUUUAUUCAUACUGAUAAGGUAUAUAAACUAUGAGGUCCAAAUUUGAGGCAAACCAAUGAAUAUAAUAUAGAUGUAGACGCUGUAAACACGAGAAAUUUACAAGAGAUAUUGGCUGCUUUCUACCAGUGUAAUGAGGGGUUGGAAUGGGGAGUGAUUUGUUUAAGCUGCGACGACGGACGGGCAAAAGGAAUAAAGUGAACUACAAAUUUUCUU